AUGAGUAGAAUCUUUGAGUUCAGUAACCUUCAUGUGAAGGCGCAUAAUAACUUGAUUGUAAAGGCACCGAAACGAUUAGGCGACAUUAUCCUUCUAGGACCAGAAGCUCGUCUGAUAAGUAUAUGCCCCCGUGGGUUUUCAUACAUUUUGAUCAUCUUCUUCUCCGUUUUUUCUGUAAGUUUCCAUGUUGCAUUUGUUUCUGCGAUUAUCUCUUUAUGGCCGUAUUCUCUUCUCGCUUUGAAUUUCAAAGCUUAA